AAACAUUGACUACUACCAAGAUUUUUUCCUCUCUCUCUUCUCUCUCUGGUGCCGCCAUGGAUCUUCGUCGAAGCUCGGUUUUGCUUUUGAUCAUCGCGUUAUUAUCUCCCAUGGCACUAUCGAUGCGUUACGAGAUAAAGUCUGCGCACACGAAGUGCAUCGGAGAGGAUAUUCACGAAAAGUCCAUGUCCGUUGGCAAAUACUUCAUCGUAAACCCUAACGAAGGUCAUCCUCUUCCUGCUUCCCACAAGAUCGACGUCAAGGUGUUGCCACCAAAAGGGACGAAGUUGCACCAAGCCGAUAAUGUAGAGGCUGGUCAGUUCUCGUUUACUGCUUAUGAGAGUGGGAGUUACAUAACGUGCAUCACAGCCGUUCAUCAUACGCCUGAGACGACGUUAACCAUUGAUUUUGAUUGGAAGAGUGGUCUUCACUCUAAGGAAUGGACCAAUGUGGCUAAGCAUAGUCAAGUUCUAAUGAUGGAGAAUGAGGUUAAGACCUUACUGGACACGGUUAAUUCCAUCCAUGAGGAGAUGUAUUAUCUUCGUGAAAGGGAAGAAGAAAUGCAAGAACUAAAUAGAUCCACAAACUCGAAGAUGGCGUGGUUGAGUUUCGUGUCGUUUGGGGUUUGUUUAUCGGUGGCUGGUCUACAAUUUUGGCACUUGAAAACUUUCUUUGAGAAGAAGAAACUCAUCUAAGUAGUAGACAUACACACACACACACAUACCCAUUUGCUCAUGUGUCUGAUGAUUGUUCUGUGGUAAGACUAAAAGACCAUUUAGAGAGCUAUAAAUAGGCCUUUGAGUAAUUGUGUGUAUUUCAUUUUAAUUAGCUUGAUGUAUUUGUACGAUAUAUUUCAUUUCUAAGGAUUGUUGUUUGGGUCUGUGACGACAUAUGAUACAUGUUUAGCAGCUUCAUAUUCAUCGAAAGAAUUUACGAACU